AUGGAAGCUUACAAAUUCCCUAGGGUAUCUAUAGAGUUUUGUGCUGCUUGUAAAUGGCACAAUAGAGCAGUGUGGUAUCUACAAGAGGUUAUGCAAACAUUCAGUGAUCCUGAAAAGAAUUUCAUUCCGGAAGUAGCACUUCAGCCAGUGUACAAUAAUCCAGGUCUUUUUCAAGUAGUGGUGAUAAAAGACGCCGAUAGUCAACCUGAAAUCAUAUACAAGAGAAAAUUCAAGAAACAGGGUCUAGCACAAGAGGAAGAUUAUUAUUUUGAUGGGUUCCCCGAUAGCAAAUUAUUGAAAGGAAUACUCAGAGACAAGCUUUUUCCGCAAGAACAAUUGGGCCAUAUCGACAAGUACAAAGACGUCCUUAAUGACGGAUCUUGUCGGGAAUGCAAAGUACAAGAAUAA